CCUCCCCCCUACAGUGUUCCUUGACAUAACAAAAUCCAUAAAUACUAUUUAACACUUAACAAAAACAUUUCAACUUCUCUAACACUCUUUCUUGUCUCUUCCUUCUUCUUCAAAAACCAAAAUAAUGGCUUCUCUUCAACACUCACAAGUAAUAAAGGGUGCGAAAGUGCUUAUGGUUGGAGCAGGUGGGAUUGGUUGUGAGUUACUUAAGACUCUUGCUCUUUCCGACUUCCAAGAUAUUCAUAUAAUUGACAUGGACACUAUAGAAGUCAGCAACCUCAAUAGGCAAUUUUUGUUCCGUCAAUCACAUGUUGGACAGUCUAAAGCAAAGGUUGCUCGCGAUGCUGUGUUAAGAUUUAGGCCUCACAUAAACAUUACCCCUUACCAUGCAAAUGCGAAGGAUUCUAAAUUCAAUGUUGACUUCUUCAAGCAAUUUAAUGUCGUUCUGAAUGGACUAGAUAACUUAGAUGCAAGGCGACAUGUGAACCGCCUUUGCUUGGCUGCUGAAGUUCCUCUGGUUGAAAGUGGAACUACUGGGUUCCUAGGACAGGUUACAGUGCAUGUGAAGGGAAAAACAGAGUGCUACGAGUGUCAACCUAAACCUGCCCCAAAGACUUAUCCUGUCUGCACAAUUACUAGUACUCCAUCAAAGUUUGUUCACUGUGUUGUUUGGGCGAAGGACCUGCUUUUUGCAAAAUUAUUUGGAGACAAGAAUCAGGAUAAUGAUUUAAAUGUGCGUUCUAAUGAUGCUGCCAGGUCACCUGAACACGCAGGUGAUGCAUUUGAAUGGAGUGGAAAUGAAGACCUAGAGCAAUAUGGAAGAGGAAUAUAUGAUCAUGUUUUUGGCUAUAACAUUGAACGAGCUUUGUCUAAUGAAGAGACAUGGAAAAAUCGUAAUAAGCCAAGGCCCAUCUAUUGUAGGGAUGUCCUGCCUGACAGAAUGACCCAACAGAAUGGAAAUGUUGAUAAAACUGAUGAUCUUUCAUCGGCAUCAGCCAUGGCAUCUUUGGGCCUAAAGAAUCCACAGGACAUAUGGUGCCUAAUGGAAAAUACAAAAGUUUUUCUUGAGGCGUUGAAGCUGUUUUUUACUAACAGAAGAAAGGAGAUUGGGAACCUGAGUUUUGACAAAGAUGAUCAGCUAGCAGUGGAAAUUGUAACAGCUGCUGCAAAUAUUCGGGCUGCUUCAUUUAACAUUCCUUUGCACAGCCUUUUUGAAGCUAAAGGUAUUGCUGGCAAUAUUGUACAUGCUGUUGCCACAACAAAUGCUAUUGUAGCUGGUUUAAUUGUCAUUGAAGCAAUCAAGGUGUUGAAAAAGGAUACUGAAAGUUACAGGAUGACAUAUUGUCUAGAACAUCCAUCUAAAAAGAUGCUUCUUAUGCCAGUGGAACCUUUUGAACCGAACAAGUCCUGCUGUGUUUGUUCUAAGACACCACUGUCACUAGAGAUCAAUACUCAUCGCUCAAAGCUGCGGGAUUUUGUUGAGAAGAUAGUUAAAGCCAAGCUUGGUAUGAACUCCCCACUGAUUAUGCAUGCCACAGCCCUUCUUUAUGAAGUUGGCGAUGAUCUUGAAGAAAACGAGAUAGCAAAUUAUACGGCAAACCUUGAAAAGGUACUAUCUGAGCUUCCUCCUCCAGUCACUGAUGGAACAGUGCUCACAGUAGAGGAUCUUCAACAGGAGUUCACAUGCAAUAUCCAUAUCAAGCAUAGAGAAGAUUUUGAUGAAGAGAAAGAACCCGAUGGAAUGGUUCUUUCAGGAUGGACACAAGCUCCUCCUGAGAAGAAGGAUGGCAAAACAUCUAUUGGAAAUGGUGCAAGUACAUCAAAAUCAUUACCAACAAAACUGGGGAUCACCGAGAUAGAUAUUGAGGUCAAAGAAAUUUCAGAUGGGACUGUGAGUCCAGGAAUGAAGAGAAAACUAUCAGAGUUUUCUGAUGGCAGCACUGUGGAUCAGUCAAGUGAUGUUGAUGAAACAAGGAAUAACAAGAAAACCCAAAAGCAUGAUGAUGACGAUGACCUUGUUAUGCUUGAUCACUGGGAUAGCAACAUGAGCAAGAAGCAAAGAUCGCCAUAGUUCUUAGCUGCUACUCCAACUUGAUUGCAUAGAGCUUCAUACAUCCUAAUUUUGUACCAGUAGGGAGAAAUGGUGAUUCUUUUGGUGCGCAUAUUUGUUAUUAUUAGGUUGCGAUCCAUUAGUAUUUUGCUCGAGUAGAUGAUGUAUUACUGGUUAUUCUCCAUUCCCCUUAGUCUGGUUUAUGACUGGAGCUACAAUGUGCAUUUUUCAUAGCUAGAUUAACAGAGUGGAAUUUGUAACAAGCAAGUACCAGAAUUUGUUGACAAAUGGAUUCGUGAAAUCUGCUAGAUUUUUGCUACAGUAUCUUGGGACCAGCUUUUAGCAAUGGAAGUCUGGGAUAGGUUUCUUCAA